AUGUCACAUACCAUUGUGCGGAAGUACGUUGCAACAACGCCAGGCCUUGACGAAGCACGAGCACGACCAUCGACCAUCCGCGACAAGCGAUUCGAAAAUCAAACGCUGCGAAACAGGGACGAGCUGAUGUACAUUGACGUGUGUCAAGCUAUGAAUACUGGUGACAUAGGGAGAGUGGAAGCGUCGUUCUUACCGUGGAUCUACAUAUUCAAAGCCACGGGAAAGUACAAGUAUGCUUCCCAGAUGACGAGGUUUCUCAUAAACCUUCAGUUUAACUGGCCUGAAAAACUGAGGUGA